GCACCACAGCACAUAGUGCGGAGGGCUCCAUGCCUCCUCAGCAGGGGCUGCAGCCCAGGCCCUCGGGAGGAGGCUCCUCCCGCCCUAGCGGGCGCGGCUCUCGCCGCCACCGCCUCACGGCAGCCCCCGCGGGGGCCUCCGCCCGCGCCGGGCGGCAUGCGGGGCGCUCGCAAGCGGCUCUGCUCCGCCUUGAUCGUGGCUUACGGCCUCUUCUCCCUCUACGCGGCCUACACCGUCUUCCUGCGGCCCCGCCGCCCGUCCGCCCCUCGCCCGUCUCACCGCGACCGGCGCGGCCCCCGAGAUAAUGUUGCGUUGGGAAAUGAAGAGUGGAAUCCGUGGGAAGGGGACGAGAAAAACGAACUGGUUGCUUCUCAGCAGAGAUACGAAGCUAGUCUUAAGAUGAUAAAAAAUGCAAGAACUCACCUAGAGCAAACCAGUCUUAGAGUACAGAUCUGGGGCAAAGCGGCAAUUGGUCUUUACCUUUGGCAGCAUGUCUUUGAAGGGCACCUCGAGCCAGCUGAUGUGACUGCACAGUGGAGAGAAGGAAGCCAAAAGGCAGGAAGAACAUAUUUCAGCUUCAUCACUGGUCCAGCGGUGGUUCCUGGCUACUUCUCAGUUGAAGCUGAAAACGUGGUGCUGGUUCUGAAUGGAAGAGAAGCAGCGAAGAUCGCUUUCGCCACCCAGUGGUUGCAUUACGCGCAGAAGUUAAUUCAGACUCGCAAAAUACGUCGCGUAGCGGUUGUGAUGCUUGGAAAUGAGCAAUGCAGCAAUCAAUGGAUUCAACCAUACCUGAGGAGAAACGGAGGAUUUGUAAAUCUGCUCUUUGUUACGUAUGACUAUACAUUGGUAAAUGAAGAAGAUAUUUUCCAGUGGCCUUUAGGAGUAGCUACCUACAGAAAUUUUCCAGUUGUAGAACCCAACUGGUCAAUGCUGCAUGAUCCAAGACCCUAUCUGUGUAAUUUCUUAGGAACAGUCUACAUGAACUCUUCUAGGGAAACUCUAAUGGAAGUUCUGAAGCACGAUGGAUUUAACAAACUUUGCUGGAUUGCAGCCAGAGAACAGUGGCAGCCUCAAGAAACAAAUGAAAGUUUCAAAAGCUAUCAAGAUGCCUUGCUGCAGAGUGAUUUGACGUUGUGCCCAGUGGGAAUAAAUACAGAAUGCUACAGAAUUUAUGAAGCUUGUUCAUAUGGAUCCCUGCCUGUUGUGGAAGAUGUAAUGACACCGGGAGAUUGCGGAAAUUCAUCAGUGUUCCACAGCGCUCCCUUACAAUUACUAAAAACCAUGGGGGCUCCAUUUAUCUUUAUUAACAACUGGAAAGAGCUUCCUGCUCUUCUCGAGAAGGAAAAAAAAAAGAGUUUACAGGACAAGAUUGAAAGGAGAAAAAAGCUUAUAGAAUGGUAUCAAAACUUCAAAGCAUCGAUGAGACAAAAAUUCAUUAAUACUUUGGAAAGUUCAUUUUUGUCCAGUGAUAAAGGAUAAAUUAUCCUUUUUGAAAAUCAGAUAGAGUUGAGCAUGUGAACUUGUUAAAAUCCAGCAUGAGUGCCACAGUUAUUUGAGGGAAAGAGAAUAAUGAAAGCUGCAAGAUACAGAGUAAUUUAUUAUAUGGAUGAAAAAAAGAAGUAUGCUUAGAGCAAAGUCACCAGGUUUAGCACAUUGGUUAAGAUAUAUCCUGGUAAGUGCUUGUUCUGAAAAUGUGAACUCUUUAACUUGAGUGAUAUUUCAUGUCUAUGGAAGUGGUCAUAAAGCUAACUAAAACCUGUGGAAUAAAGGUCUGUAUUUCAGGGUAAAAACUGAGGGCUCUUUCUUAAGGGUUAUUUCAUAGUGUGAUGGUUUGGAUGUUACCCACCCCCCUACACUUAAGAAAUCACCCAGAUUAGACUCAGCCAUUUGGAAGUUAAGGAAUGAAGCUGUAUUUACAGCUUAGCACAAUUAUACAAGUAGAUAUUUACAACAUACACAAAUAUUUACAGUUAUAUACAAGUUAAAAGAAUACAGAAUCACAAUACCCCUCCCAGAAAUCAAAAUGCCAGGAGGCUCCUGACCCAAACCUCCUCCCCCCUUCCCUCUCUUUCUCUCCCUUCAGGAAUAACCAGCUCAGUCCCCGUAUAUCUCAUGUGAUAAAUCUGGAGAGAUCUGAGGUGAGAUGUCAAAAAAGACGACGAGGAGGUUAGAGGAAAGAAAGGGUUAGGUCGGAUUAAAGAGUUAAGGCAGAUACAGCCACACACCCAGACCACCAGAGAGAAGGAACAGAAGUGAGAGCUGGCUGAGAAAUGUGUGAGAAGUAAGUGUCUUACCUUUAUUUUGACUAGUUGUGUUUCUCAGAGGAAGAAUGAGUGAUAUAGGGUACUGUUUUGUUUUUUUUCUUCUCACAGCUAAGGAUUUAAUUGUUCUCAGUAAAAUAUUCCAGUUAGCCUCACACCAGCACACGUAGCAGUGCAUUUCCCCUUUACUCUCAGAUACCAAAAUUUCUUUUCUCCUGUUACACUUAGUCUUGGACAAACAUUUCUGAAGUUCUGCUGUGGAAGUGUUUGUUACCUCCAGCUAUAGCUGUACAUUCUGAACACCAGACCUUAAACAUGAGUCUGCUUGCAGCUUAUCUGAUUUCUCAAAAUCUGCUGAAGUCUAUCACCUCCAAAGGAUGGCAGAAUGUAGUGUGUGUUUGUUAACACUGCAUGUACAACAAACAGUUUUGAUGGUUUUCAUUAAAUGUAGCCAAGAGGCUCUGUUACUCUU